AUGGCGUCCCCCGACGGCAAGUACAGCAUGCACAUACGGACGGUACAGGGCAGCUCCCUCAAGGGCCUCUUCGAGGUGCUCAAGGAAUUGCUCAACGAUGUGAACGUCGUCGUCAACGCUUCCGGCAUCAAGGUCCUCGCGAUGGACUCCGCUCAGGUGACCCUGUGCCACUGCUUCCUGGAGGCGCAGAACUUCGAGGUCUUCCACUGCCCCGAGACGGUGGUGAUCGGCCUCAACGUGCAGAACCUGUACAAGCUCCUCAAGACCGUGUCCAGCCAGGACACCCUCACCCUCCAGAUCGAGGAGGACUGCCCCAACGAUCUCGAGAUCAUCAUCCAGAACAGCGAGAAGAAGUCGAAGACCUUCUACAGGCUCCGCCUGCUGGACAUCGACGACGACCACGUCAAGGUGCCCACCGUGGAGAUGACCACCUGCAUCACCAUGGCGUCCGUCGACUUCCAGCGCCUCAUCAGGGACAUGCUGACCGUCGGCACGGUCCUGAGGGUGCGAAUGAAGAAGCGAGAGGUCAUCUUCGAGACGUCGGGCGAUUUCGCGAGCCAGCGCACCAUCCUGGAGACAUCGGAGGUCAACGAGACCGACGACGAGAUCGACCUGUCGUUCUCGCUUAAGCUUCUGUAUCUGUUCUCGAAGGCCAGCACCCUGAGCACCACCUGCUCGCUCUGGCUCCAGGCCGACUUUCCGCUCGUAGUGCAGUACGCCGUAGGCAACCUCGGACACAUCCACCUUCUCUUCGAACCACGUCACCAGAGAGAGCGCAUGGGGACCAUCGACGACAUUCAAUUCCUGCUAGAAAACAGCGUAGAAGAGUCGUAUCUUUUCAUCGUGGACUCGGACACGCGCGACCGAAGGAUAUUUCCCGAGCCCAACCUGUACGCCGUCCAAUUCGACUCGCCCUUCCAUAACGUGGUCGGCAUAGACAUCAUCGAUGGUACCAUUCCCAGGACCCAGUACGCCGUAGACACCGUCUGCAAUAGGCUGUGUAUCGACUACGGGAAAGGGCCCACGACCAUCGAAAUGACCACCGGCGACCACACCGACACGUCUCUCGUAUCGGACAUCAAUUCCAAGCUCUCCGCCCUCCCCGGAUGUACGGUCUCCGCGCGCUCCGUCUCGACACCACCGGAGCUCAAGAACCUGAUCACCUUCACGGCACCCAACAUCCCCUUUCACAUCUUCGCCGACGAGCGGUCCACGGUCAAGCCGGUCAUCGGCUUCGAUGAGUACGCCGCCAACCACAGGUACCUGGGCGAUCGCUUCUCGUGCCGGGAUCCGGUGCACGCGCCCGCGGUAUACUCCAGCAUCGCCAAAGACCCGAUCCCCGCCAGCACCUUCUCCACCCAGGAUGUCGCGGACACCGUGAUCCCAUUCGCGGACCCCUCCGCCCCUACAGUACCGCGACUCGUCGGCAUCAGGUUCAGCCCCGAACAGAGCGGGCUGAUCGACCGCAUCACGCUCGCCUUCAACAUAGUGGCUCCGUUGGCGGGUGCCGUCACUUUCUAUAUCGCGUCCGACGACGAGGUCGAGUCCGCUCCCGGGGCCCCGCUCUGCCCGCCGACCUCCGUCGCGGCUCAGGAGUGCGGCGACCACGGUCUCACGACGCUGCAGCUCCAGACCGAGAUAGGUCUGACCGUCGGCAAGAACGCAUGGCUCGUGGUCUCCGCUCAAGGACCGUCGGACGGCCUCUACGCGGGGUCUUCCGGCAACGCUCUCGUGAAAGCGUCAUCCGACGGAGGGGCGUCUUGGAACGGCUGGACUUCGGGCCACUGGAACCCGCUCAUGAACGUGCAGGUCACACAGUCCACGCAGACCAUCAUCGGGCCCGGCAUCCUCAACCUGGUCGGAGACAGCUACUGCAUGCUCCGGUGCGACGAGAUCGAGAGCCACACCCUCAGGAGCAGGGCCUUCGAGAAGUACACGUUCGGGCUCGCCAGGUUCACGCUGGCGGUCGUAGGCUUCGCGACGAGCCGCCUCGAUUACAACGCGGUCACCCCACGUCGGGUCCACCCCAUCAACUCCCUCUCCACAUUCACCUUCCGAUUCGUCAGGCCGGAUGGCGUCACUCCCUACGACUUCAAGGGCGUCAACCACUCUAUCAUCGCCUCGAUCCGAUACCUGGUCCCGAAAUCCACCGCCGCAUUCGACGACAAGAUCCUCAACCCCGGGUACGAGCCGAAUCCGCUCCUCGGAUACGCGGCAGUCACGACCGACUCAGACCCGGACUCCACCGCGGACCCAGACGAGGACGACGAGCUCGACGAGGUCCUCGGGAACCCGACCGCCAACGACGGCUUCUGGAGCAACGAUUACCGGCCCCUCGAUCCCGAGUACUGGUGA